AUGGUUUCUCCAACUGAGGCAGAAGUGAUGCCCGAGGUCACUUUUAGUGUGCCUGGAGAGCUCUUCUGGCUUCCCAGAGGUGGAGGAGCAUCGAGGCCUUCCAGCUGUCAACCUGCAACUACGAAAAGUGACAAGUCAUAUCGGGGACGCCGCCACCACUGUGACUUCUGUGACUAUAGGACUGAUCAUAGGUCUCAUCUGAAAGCACACACCAUCAUCCAUACAGGCGAGCGGCCGUUUGAAUGCCAUUUGUGCCCUCAGAGCUUCACACAAAAGUGCAAUCUCAAGAAACACCUGCGCACUCACAAUGGGGAGAGGCCAUUUCAGUGCCCUUCAUGCCCUCAGAGCUUCUCGGUUAAGUCCACUCUUAUUGAUCACCUGCGCACUCACACAGGCGAUAGGCCAUUUCAGUGCCCUUCAUGCCCUCGGAGCUUCUCAAUUAAGCGCACUCUGAAAGAUCAUCUCCGCACUCACACAGCAUCGAGGUUUUCCAGCUGUCAAGCUACAACCACGAAAAGGGAGACGUCACGUCAGGGACGCCACCACCAGUGUAACUUCUGUGACUAUGAGACUGAUAAUGCAUUUCAUCUAAAAAGACACACCAUGGCCCAUACAGGCGAAUGGCCGUUUGAGUGCCAUUUGUGCCCUCACAGCUUUGCACAAAAGUAUAAUCUCAUGGUACACCUGCGCACUCAUACAGGCGAAAAGCCAUUUCAGUGCCCUUCGUGCCUUCGCCGUUUCUCGCAUAAGUGCACUCUGAAUAAUCACCUCCGUACCCACACAGGCGAGAGGCCAUUUCAGUGCCCUUCAUGCCCUCGGAGCUUCUCAAUUAAGCGCCAUCUUACUGAUCACCUGCGUAUCCACACAGGCGAGAGGCCAUUUCAGUGCCACUUAUGCACUGAGACCUUUGCAUUUAGAAGAAAACUAAAUAGCCACCUGAGCUAUCACAAGGGCAAGUGACCCUUUCAAUGCUACUUCUGCUUUCAGAGCCUUUUCUAAACAGCACAUUUUUCUUGUCAUUCAACAGCACUUUGCAAAUGUUAAAGAAGUUGUGUAAGACAAAUAUCAAGCUGUGGGUCUAGUAUCAAAGGUAUGCCUUCAUCAUUACCACUUGAGUAUUCUUAUACAUAUAAUAAGCUUCUGCAAUGUUGACUGUGCUGUUAGGGUGCAUGCAUAGCUUCAUGAUAUUGUGUGAUAGCACUUGUUUAUGCAUGCACCGAGUUUACUUUAUUGUAUUUGUUUGUCUGAUUUUGAUGUGUGGCUAUUAAGAGGCAACUGCCACAAAAUAAACGAUCCUUGCUCUGGCA